UUCGAAAUCGUUAACCAAUAGCAAAGCACCAAAUCACACUAUCUAAAAUUAAUUUGAUGUAUAGUGUAGGAAAUAUAACUUACCUACCACCAAAUUUACCCGCCGAAAAGGAAAACUCUCCCUACCAAAUGUAAAAUUUGAAACAAAAUAGGGUUUCAGUAAACAAAAAUAGAAACGCGAUUUAAUUGAGUUCCUAAAUUAUUUUCACACAACUCGUAACCUACCUUCAAUCAAAAAUUAAAUAAGUUACUUUCACGAGAGUAACAGGUUAUGAAUAUUAACCCUGGGGGAACACAGUAAAAAAUUGAAAAUCAAUUGAACAAGUUAUACACUACAGAAACUUUGAAUCAAAAUCUUCCUUCCGCCAUGGACGAAGAAGAAGAAAAGCUCCACAUCCUGGUCUUCCCUUUCAUGGCGCAGGGCCACGUCAUCCCCAUGAUCGACACCGCCAAAAUCUUCGCCUCCCGGGGGCUCAAAGUAACCGUCGUCACCACCCCGCUCAACGCCCCUCUCUUCUCCAAGAACCUCCGCCGCAGCUUCCCCUCGAUCGCCGUCGAGACCCUCGAGUUCCCCGCCGCAGCCGCCGGCCUGCCGCCGGACUGCGAGAAUUUCGACGUCAGCAUGGGCUUCGACGCCGUCACCAAAUUCUUCGUCGCCGCGGAAAUGCUCCAAUCCCCCUUCGAGAACCUCCUGGCGGAGACCCGACCCGACUGCGUCCUCGCCGACUGGUUCUUCCCCUGGACCACCGAUUCGGCGGCGAAGUUCGGGAUCCCGAGGCUGGUCUUCCGCGGGACCAAUUUCUUUGCGUCGUGCCUCUCCGAACUGACCCGGAUCCACCAGCCCCACAAGCGGGUCGGGUCGGAGUCCGACCCCUUCCCCGUACCCGGCCUCCCCGGCCCACCUGUUUUUCUGUCGAUUGACCAGAUGCCGGUCAUCGACAGGCUGCUCGGCGGGGAAACUUUCGUCGGGAAGGUUUUCGAACGAGUCGCGGAGGCCGAAUCGAAGAGCUACGGGACGAUUCACAACACGAUCUACGAGUUCGAGCCGAGGUAUGCAGAUCUGUACAUGAAGGAAUUGGGGAGGAGGGCUUGGAGCAUCGGCCCUGUUUCACUCUGCAAUGUGGGGAUCGAAGACAGAGCAAGCAGAGGGAAAGAAUCCUCCAUCGACGAACACUCCUGCCUCCGAUUCCUGAACUCGAAAAAACCCAGAUCUGUGGUGUACGUCUGCUUCGGGACGUUAGCGAACUUCUCAGAUCCCCAAUUGAAGGAAAUCGCGGCCGGGCUGGAAUCCUCCGGGCGGGAAUUCGUGUGGGUGGUGAGAAGGGAGACAAACAGGGGAGGAGGCGGCGGCGGCGGAGACGACAGCUGGCUGCCGGCGGGAUUCGAGGAGAGGAUGGAAGGGAAGGGGCUGAUUAUUCGGGGGUGGGCCCCUCAGGCGCUGAUUCUGGACCACGUGGCGGUGGGCGGGUUCGUGACGCACUGCGGGUGGAACUCGACGCUGGAAGGGAUCACGGCGGGGCUGCCGAUGGUGACGUGGCCGGUGACGGCGGAGCAGUUCUACAACGAGAAGCUGCUGACGGAGAUCCUGGGGAUUGGGAUCGCGGUGGUCGGGGUGAAGGUGGGGAGCGGAGCGGUGGCGGAUGCGGUGGGGCGGAUGAUGGCGGAGGAGGGUGAGGAAGCGGCGGAGAUGAGGAGGAAGGCCGGCGAGCUGGGGAGGAUAGCGAGGAGAGCGGUGGAGGAAGGCGGAUCUUCGUAUGGUAAUGUCAGUGCUUUGAUCGGAGAGCUGAAACGGGACCUUCGCCGGAGGGGAAAGUGAAUCGGAUAUGUAGAUUUUUAUUUUAUUUAUUUUUGGGCAUUGUUUUGUUUAUUGAAACAAAACUACAUUAUUGUCACAAAGAUUUAUUAAUGGAUUGUUUUACCUUCUUAGACUGGUCAUAUUCAUUGCGAUACCAAUUUUGUAUCACAAUUGAUUAAAUACACAAGAUCAAGCUAAUUACAACAAUUAAAAAAAAUAAUUAAAAUGGGCUAAUUGGAGUAUCCCACCUAAUGUGGCGAGAUGGGGUAAUGUACCCUAUGAAGCAAAAACAUACCCUUCUACAUAUGGAAUACCACCUUAAUAUGAUAGAGGUCAUCACAGUGUGACGACAAAGAGUGAUCACCAUACCCCUCCCGAUGUGAUGGGGGAGAGAUCGCCAUACUCCCCCCAGUCCUACGAGGCGGGGUAAGUUUUGAGACCCCUUGAUGGAGUGAGGGGGGUCAUAAACCUACCCCUGGUGUGACAAUGCGAGUUCAUUCGCAUGCCUGCUGGUGUGACGAGGAGGAAAAAAUUGGCUACGUAUGUAAUGGAUCAUCACGCGUCAUGUACUCUAGCAUGAUGGGGGAAGGAGUUUCCAACCACACCAUCACCCACGUAGUAUUGUCACACUCAUCCGAGUUCUUGUAAUUUGGCUAAGUGUUAAACACCCCCUUGAUGUGAUGUAAGGAGAAUGUGACAAUUGAGAUACCCCUAGGUUAUCGAAAAGGGAGGACAUUAAGUGGUAAGGGGGUCACUCCCACUCUCACAAUCAUAAGCAGUGAAUUUGUUUUUGUCGGUUUGACUCAUGUGAUCCAAACACCUAACCACAUGUGACAAGCAAAACAAAGUUAAGGAGGAACUACUAAGUGGAAGGAGUCAAGGCAAAAUAGGGGGCCACUCUGACCACUUGUGAUCCAAACACCUAACCACAUGUGAAAUUAGGGAUGGCAAUUUCGACCUGACCCGAUUUACCCGACCUGUUUGACCUGUUUUGGAGCGGGUCCGACCCGCCCCAUAGGCGGGGCGGGGCGGGAAUGGGUACCUCUCAUCGACCCGACCUGCCCUGACCCGCCCCAUUCUCGACCCGUUCUUGCCUAAAUUACAUGUAAUCUUAGUCAAAUGACUUAGGAUUUUCCUCUUAUUACAUCAAACUUUAUGUAUAAUAAAGUUGUAAAUAAGUG